AUGGGGCUUCCCGAUCCCACCAUUGGCCUCGAUUGGAGCGGCUUCGUCGGCCCCAUCCACGAGAUAUUCCACAAGAAUGCUUUGAAGAAUCCUGGCGCGCCAUGCGUCACCGAAACGGCAUCCUCCACCACGCCCGAGAGGAGAUUCAACUACAAGCAGAUUUACGAGGCGUCCAACAUCUUGGCCAACCAGCUCCAUGAAGCUGGCAUCACCAAUGGCGAUGUCGUCAUGAUCUAUGCCUACCGUUCCGUCGAACUCGUCAUCGCCUUCAUGGGAACCCUUGCUGCCGGCGCCACCAUUACUGUCCUGGACCCCGCGUACCCCCCGGCGAGACAACAGAUCUAUCUUGAAGUGUCACAACCAAAGGCUCUCAUCACGAUUGGCAGGGCCAGGGACGAGAAUGGUACUUUUGCGCCGCGUGUCCAGAAGUACAUUGAUGAGGAACUGUCUCUCAAGUUACGAGUACCCGAGCUACGGAUGAGCGAUGAUGGCCACCUUACCGGCGGCGAGGUUGACGGGAAGGAAGUCUUUACCGACACUGAACGCAAGGCAUCAGCGCCUCCAGAUGUUCUGGUGGGACCGGACUCAACGAGUAUCUUGAGCUUUACCAGUGGCACGACAUCCACACCUAAGGGCGUGCUGGGUAGACAUUACAGCUUAACCAAGUACUACCCGUGGAUGGCCAAAACUUUCAACUGGACCCCGGACACAAAGUUCGCUUGUCUAAGUGGCAUAAGCCAUGAUCCUAUCCAGCGAGACAUUUUCAGUCCAAUUUUCAUGGGUGGGGAGCUGAUUUGCCCUGCUCGCGAGAAUAUCGCCCACGAAAGGCUAGCUGAGUGGUUCCGCGAUCACAAACCCAACGCGGUCCAUUUGACGCCCGCGAUGGGCCAAAUCUUGUGCGGCGGUGCCAAGGCAGAGUUCCCUUCAUUGAAGUGGGUUCUCUACGUUGGUGAUAUUCUGACCAAGAAGGAUUGCGCUGCGCUCCGCAAGCUGGCGCCUAACGCCGAGAUCUGCGCUGCGUAUGGUACCACUGAGACGAGCCGCAGCGUAUCAUACUACCACAUCAAGAGCCACGCCGAAGAUCCGAAUGCAUUGGAUAAAUUUGGCGAUAUUGUUCCUGCCGGAAAGGGCAUCGAGAACGUCCAGCUCCUCGUAGUCAACCGGGAGGAUCCAACCAAGCUUUGCGGCGUCGGCGAGGGUCCUGCUAACAUUCGACUUUACGGAUAUCUGAACGACCUGGAGAAAACCAAGGAAAAGUUCCUCGACAACUGGUUCGUCGACAACCAGAAGUGGGCUGAGGCUGAUAACAAAGUUGCCGAUCCCGCCAACGAGCUCUGGAGAAAGUACUACAAAGGCCCGCGAGACAGAAUCUACAGGAGCGGCGACUUGGGGUACUUUUUGGACGAUUCUGGUAAUUGCGCAAUUACAGGCAGAGCUGAUGAUCAAGUCAAAGUUCGUGGCUUCCGCAUCGAGCUCAAUGAGAUCGAUACCAACUUGAGAGGACACCAUUUAGUCCGCGAGUGCAAGACGCUGCUCCGAAGAGAUCGGAACGAAGAGCCAACACUAGUCAGCUACAUUGUGCCUGAACACCAAGAGUGGCUUAAGUGGCUAGCAGAACACAGCCUGGACGACACUGAGGAGCAAGGUACUGAGAUCGGACCCGUCACCGUGUAUUCCAAGCGCUACCGGCCAAUGCAAACGGAGGUUCGGGAUCAUCUCAAGUCUCGAUUGCCAGUCCAUGCUGUGCCGACUUAUUUCAUCUUCCUGAAGAAGAUGCCUUUGAACCCCAACGGCAAAGUUGACAGCCCAAACCUGCCGUUCCCGGAUGCGGCCCUGAUCUCGGAAGAGGCUUCAGAGGAGGAUCUGAAGAGAUGGGAAACACUCAGCAGCACCGAAAAGGAACUGGCGGAGCAGUGGGCAACACUGAUCAAUGGUUUGAAUGCCAAGACUCUGCAUCCCGAGUCUGAUUUCUUUGAAACUGGUGGGCACAGUCUGCUGGCCCAGCAGCUUCUUCUCAAUACCCGCAAGAACAUGGGGGCCAACGUGACCAUUAGCUCACUAUACGCGAACUCAUCGCUCAGGGCUCUUAGCACACAGAUUGACCGCUUGCGUGAGGGCAAGGAUGAUUCGGGCGCGACAGAGAACGGCGAGGCUGCAUAUGCCCAGUCACUUGACAAGCUGCUCGGUACCCUCGAUGCCAAGUAUCAGACGGCGGACCCCGCGGCACUCUCACCGGCAGGCAAGACGACCGUCUUUGUGACUGGCGCCACGGGCUUCUUGGGCUCUUACAUCGUUAGGGACCUACUCGAGCGCGAGAACGUACAUGUCAUCGCCCAUAUCCGUGGAACCAAGGGCGUCUCGGCCGCCCUCGAGCGACUCCAGAAGUCACUCCGCGGAUACGGUGUAUGGCAGGAUUCUUGGGCCACUAGGCUCAGUGCAGUUAUUGGUGACCUGGCACAGCCGCGUCUUGGAAUUGAUGACGACACAUGGAAGAUGCUUGGCGACGCUGUCGAUGUGGUUAUCCAUAACGGCGCCCUCGUCCACUGGGUAAAGCAGUAUAAGCAUCUCGAGCGUAGCAAUGUUCUAUCAACAAUCGAUGCUCUGCGGCUUUGUAACCAGGGCAAGCCUAAGCUUUUCUCAUUCGUUAGCUCGACAAGCGUUCUAGACACGGAUCACUAUAUCAAACUGUCACAUGAGCAAACCAGCACUGGACAAGGCGCUGUCAUGGAAGCAGAUGACAUGAUGGGUAGUCGCAGCGGUCUCGGCACCGGAUAUGGCCAGUCCAAAUGGGUAUCUGAACAGCUCGUCCGCGAGGCUGGUAGACGCGGCCUCCUCGGAUCUGUCGUCCGACCUGGCUAUAUCCUUGGAGACGCUGCCACCGGCGUGUGCAACAACGAUGACUUUCUUAUCCGCAUGCUCAAGGGUUGUAUCCAGCUGUCUAGCCGUCCGCACAUUAUCAACACAGUCAACGCUGUGCCUGUUGGUCACGUCUCUACUGUCGUCGUUGCAGCUAGCUUGAACCCCGUCCCAGCCGAAACUGCAAACAGCAACAGCGGCAGCAACGAUGUCGGUGUCCACGUUGUCCACGUCACUGCCCAUCCUCGCCUGCGCAUGAACGAGUAUCUCUCCAUCCUGAGCUACUACGGCUACGAUGUUCCUGAGGUGGAUUACGACCACUGGAAGGCCCAGCUCGAGACCUUUGUCUCGGCAGGGUCUGUCCAGAAGGACGAUGAACAGCACGCUCUGAUGCCUCUUUUCCACAUGGCGACGAACAAUCUCCCCACAAACACUCGCGCGCCGGAAUUAGAUGAUCGCAAUGCCGUUGCUGUCCUCAAGGCUGAUGCAGACCGGUGGACAGGUGUCGAUGAGAGUGCUGGAGAGGGCAUUAGCAGGGAAGCUGUUGGCCGCUUCUUGAGGUACCUAGCCGAAACCAAGUUCCUGGCGUGGCCAACUAGACGGGGUAGGGAGCUGCCGGCUAUCAAGGCUGGUGUUGUCGAGGCGCAGGCAACAUGGGGUGUUGGAGGGCGUGGUGGUACAGCGUGA